AUGGUAGUCCUAACAAACCGUGCGGAUAUGUCUGACGGGCCAGCAUCAGCGGAAUGGGACAUCAAUGACGCCAUAGUUCCCAGGGUCACCAGUUUCGAUACGUUCGGAGAGUGGUGCGACGGGCACGUACGCCGCGUAUACCCGCCCGGCUGCGAAGAAGCGAGGAGACAUGCUUCAGGCUGGGCCAUGCGGAACACAAAUAACCACAAUGUACACAUAUUAAAGAAAAGCUGCCUUGGUGUGCUCGUCUGCUCUACAAGAUGCCGGCUACCUGACGGGUCGAGAGUUCACUUGAGACCGGCUAUAUGUGAUAAAGCCAGGAAAAAGCAACAAGGUAAGCCCUGUCCAAACAGGCUGUGCAAUGGCGGGCGUUUAGAAGUUCAACCAUGUCGUGGUCACUGCGGCUACCCUGUUACACAUUUUUGGCGUCAUACCGAACACGCCAUCUUUUUCCAAGCGAAAGGAUCUCAUGACCACCCGCGGCCAGAGGCUAAAGGAGCCAGUGAAGUACGAAGAUCGCUCGGUGCAGGCAGAAGAGUCCGCGGCCUCGCUUUGCUACUCGCCAGGGACGCAGCCAUCGCCGACAAAAUAAUAACUGUCAAACCGGAUAAACACAUGCAACAAAAACUCAACAUCCACCCACAACCGCCGCCGCUUAUUCCUGAUAACCAAAGAACUCUUACCUGUACCUGUGGACCGUUCGAGUGUAAUUGCCGAUGGCGGUCCGACACUGCUGCAGAGCCUUACGCAGCUGCCGCGUGGUCUCCAACAGAUAACCAGUCAUACACAGCCUACGUGCCUCCAACACAACCAGCUCAAUCACUUCAAUUAACUCAAACAUACGAUCCAAGUGCCUUACCUGCCGAUGACAUAUUCCAUCCAGAAGAGAUAUUCCAACUUGACCAACCAAUUCGCCUCGAUUUUCCAAUCGAAGAGAACACGCUAGAAUCACCACCCACGUUCGCGGAUCUAAAUAAUGAAAAUUCCAGGCCCGAAGACGCGUACUGGUUGGAAUGGCAACGACCCGCAGGUGGCUCGGAAUCCAGCGAAACACCUUCACCCGAAUUAUUUGGUAAUCACUAUCAACAAGCUGAAUCAUACUGUGAUCAACAAUCUUACGUCCAUCAAACAUAUUAUCCUGAAGAGGCUCAAUACUACCCCAUGCAACACGUGAAAGAUCCUUCGCCGGUCAUGGAGAUGCAAGACCAGCGGUAUUACAGAUACGGACAGGACUGCGCCCAAAACCACUUAGACAUGCAAGGGUGGAACUAUUCCGACUGUGCCUUCAACACACACGAAGUGCCCGAAUGCAAACAAUAUUACGACGUACAUCCCUCACCAACCGUCAACCCGUUUAAUUCAUUAUUAUAA